AUGCAACAAGACCCUCUUGUAAUAACUAAUCAUAUUCAAUCAGAGGGGACUAGUGAUAUUACUAAUAGUGAGAUAUCACAAACUAUUCAAUUUAAUGAAAUACCAAAAAUUUCUUCAUUUCACUCUGAAGAAAAUGAAAUUAAUAAUUCUUCUAAUCAAGUUCAACGAAGUGACAUCGUUUCAAUAGAAAAUAAAAAAUAUAUUCCUCCUAAACCUGAAAAAGCACCUCCUUCUCCAGGAAAAAAAACAAUUCAUAAAAGUAAUUCCAUUGAAAAAAAAAGAUUGUCAGAAGGAUAUGACUCAUGCUUAUUGAUUAAAGAUAUAUCACAUCCAAUAACACCUCCUCCAAAACCUAAAUAUUCUCUUGGAGAUAAACCAUUGUAUGAAGCACCAAAAUAUAAAAAGAAAUUAACUGUUAUAGACAAACAAACACGUAUUAAUCGAAGGAAAAUUCAAUCACAGUCAUUCAUUUUUGUUAAAGGUGUCCCAUUAAACUUUGAAAGAUACUCACAAGUUAAAGAAGAAAAUAAUACCAGUCAAAUUCAACAAAAAUCUUUUACUUCAGAAAAUAUUCCUACUGUCACUAUUGAAAAUAUUCCUUCAAGUGAAGUUUUAAGUGAAUUACAAAAUAAUUCUAUUCAAAUAGAACAUGUUAACAAAAUUGAAUAUCAUAACUCAUUAUUAGUUAUUACUCAUCCAAUAUUUCGAUCAUUAAUAACAACUAAUAUUUCUAUUUUACAAGACGCUCUUAAAUUAAAUGCAAUAUUAAUAUUACCACCAGUAUAUUGUAUCAAUGAUAUUGACUUGACAAAAGAUUUCUUCUAUUCUCAUUUUAUUUUACUUGAUAAAGAAUCAUUACACUUUAUAACUUUAACUCAAAUACCAGGAAUUAUUUCUGAUUCUAGUUUAAGAAUUUUUAUGAGUGACGUUAAAGAUUUUAAUGGAACAGACUUUGAACGAUUUGAUGAGGCUAUUGAAACAGUAAAAGAUAUAUCUAAAACAAGUGCUCCUAUAUUCUCAACAAAUAUCAUUGGUGUUGAGGCUUAUAUUGGAAAAGAAACAAACCAAUCUCAAUUAAAUAUUUUAUUAACAAAAUCACCAAUCUAUCAACAUGGAUGUAGUUGGGCAUGGAAAUUAAUGGAUGGAAAUGCACCAUUAUCUUUUAAUGAAUAUACUAUUGAAUUAUCAUUAGAUGAAAGUGUUGAAACAAUUAAAAAUUCAAUUCCUGGAUUUAUUGAUCAACAACGAAUUGACAAAAUGAUGUUAAAUGAUAAGUUUCAACCAAAAUUUGUAUCACCACUAGAUGAUGAACGAAGAAAAGAAUUAAAUAAUAAUAAUGAAAUACAAAAGAAGAUAUAUCAAAAAAUUCUUAAAAUAAAAGAAGUUUCAAUCCAAAUUGACCAAUUUGUAGUUGGCUUUGGAGAAAUGGUUAAAGGAAUGAAUUUAGAUGAACGAAAAGAAGUUAUUGAGAAGUUUAUAAAAGAAAUGAUUAUUACAUUAAAAAGAUUAAAAAUUGGAAUUGGUGAAGAUAAACAAUACUUCACUGUUCUUCAAAGACUAUUAUAUACUAGGGUAUUUAAAUAUAUUUGGCCACCAAGUAUUAAUACAAUUGAAAAAAUGAAUCUUAAAGAAGUUGAAGAAGAUCAUCUUAUAAUGAAUAAAGUUAUAGAACAUCAAUUUAUUACACCAGAGUUAUUAGAUGUUGAUUUUGAUGAAAAUAAGAGUGUGGAACCUCUAAGUUAUGCUAUAAAUUGUUUAAAACAAAUAGAUUCUGUUAGAACUGCUCAAGAUAAAUUAGCAUAUAUUUAUAUUUCAUUACGUAUUGUUGAAAUGACAAUAAUUUUUGUCACGGGGAAUGUAAGUGGAGAUAGUUUUGUUCCUAUUGUUAUUUAUACUUUAUUAAAAGCAAAUUUACCUCAUCUAAGUUCAACAGUAAAAUACGUUAUGACUUUUGCUGAAACUACUAGAGGAGCUCAUUCAUGUUAUUUCUGUAAUUUUGUGGCUGCAGUGUCUUUUAUUACUCAAAUGAAUGAAAACUCAUUACAUUUUGAAGAAAAUGGGGUUUACCAACAAUUUAUCCAGCAAACAAAAGACUCUUAUCAAUAUUCAAUUAAACAACGUUGUCCAACUAUUCUUCCAGCUCAUUUACUUACUUUAUUUGAUGUAACAAAAACAGAAGAACCACAAAAACAACUUUAUCAUAUGUUACAAUCAUCUUCUGAUAAUUUCCCACGAGAAGAAAUCCCUACACUCCUUUCUGUAUUAAAAUCUUUGUAUGAAGAAAAUAAACGUUUAAAACAACAAGUAAAUAAAAUAAAACAAACACAAAAUUAA